AUAAAUUAAAUCUACAGAUCUAUAGUGUUGGUCACAUUUACGAAUAUCUGAAUACGAAACAGUGGCUGAUAUACAUAGAAGUAAACAUUCCAACUGCUUGCAAUCUGGAAGAGAUGAUUAAACGUCUUUUCUGAGGAAUUCUAGUAAGAUGGCUGAGGUUCACAUUGUUGGACAAAUCGUUGGAGCCUCUGGCUUUCCUGACCACAGUCUUUUCUGUAAAUGGGGAAUAAACACAGGUGGUGCUUGGAAGGCUUUAGCGGGUCUAAGAGAAGGACAGACACAAGUUGAUACUCCGCAGCAACAUGACGCAGCAUACUGGGCUCACCCCAUAGACAUUCACUAUGCAACAAAAGGCCUACAAGGUUGGCCAAAAAUUCACUUUCAAGUAUGGCAUCAAGAUUCGUUUGGAAGAAAUGAACUCUAUGGUUAUGGUUUCUGUCAUGUACCUACAACGCCUGGCAUGCAUGAAAUUGAAUGCCCGACUUGGAGGCCCUCUGGGAGUUUCAAGGAACAAGUGUCACAGUAUUUUCUGGGAGGGGGACCGCAACUGAAAAACCCCGACUUGAUAUACAGUGGUGCUGAUCGUUACAGACUUCAUACCAUUGCGAUGGGAAGUGUACAUGUACGGCUCGGAGUUAUACUCAGGAACUUUGACAAAUAUGGAAUUGAAUGUUGAUACAUGUAAUGAUAUUUCUGAAGCAUUUUUUUGAAACUGGACAUCAUAAUUUUUUACCUGAUAAUUGACAUGAAUAACAUGAAAUAUAAUUUAUUGGUUUAGAGAUGUUAGCAACAUCUAAUGUAGGGACACAUCCUUUAGUUAUACAUAAUUUUUCAUGUGUCUGUAUAUGUGUUACAUAGUUUUUUAUCAUGUAAAUGUAUGUACAUGUAUAAUAAAAUAUAUUUUAUGAUACUAUA